AUGGAGUUUUCCACUCUUCCUCCUGAAAUUAUUGGCGAUUUUUACGAGCGCUUCUCGGUCUCCGUAGGUCCCGUCAAUUCUACCCUCUCGGAGGAUUUGCAGCGUGUGCCUUCAAACAGCAGCGAGCCGAGCAGGGCUUCAAGCAGGGACACUACAAGUCUGAUCAUCGCCGUUUGUAUCACGGCGCUCUACUCUCUGGUUUGCGUGGUAGGGCUGCUGGGAAAUGUGCUUGUAAUGUACGGGGUGGUCAGGUAAGAAAUACACGUAAAAAUCAGAAACUUAAAAGCGAAAAAUAAACAAUGUGACUGUGACAUGCCAAUAGUCUACAAAAUAGCCCAAAAGUAAAAGAAAUUAGACCGAAGAAUAAGACCUGUAGCCCUUUAACACCUGAAACCACAAAUUAUGGCCAGAAAAUUCACAUUUUUUUGGAGCUGAAAUGUUUUUUUCACUUACUGUUGAAAACCAAAAAAAUCAAAAUGUCCUUGAAAUUUAAAAAAUAGAUUUAUUUAUCUUGUUUGAUACAUUAGAUGUUUUUGGAAACUGAUAAACUACAAGAGGACAUUUUUAUUAUUUAUAGGACUGUAUUCAUUUUUUUUUUCUUGAAAUUUGUUGAUUAUAUUGAUUUGAUAUAAGUAUUUAAAAGUAUGUAUCAAAUAUGAUACAAAAGGCAUUAAAGAGUGAAGAGUGAAGUAAAAAUGACCUCUUGGAAUAUUCCAUUUAUCCACUUUCUUCUGCUUAUCCCGAUGGGGGGUCGACAUUUUUUCUUUUACUUAAAUGUUGAUUGAUGAGGAUAGGCUAUGACCAUCAUUUCAUUAAUGAUGGUCUUCACAUAAAAUUAAACUUUCAGAGGUUGUAAGAGAUCUCCCAAAACACUCAAACCUCCCACACACUUAAACACACCCCCUAUAUAAAAAGGGGGAUGAAGAUUGGUGAGCUAUAGCAAAGAGCAGAAAUUACUCCAUUGCAGCAAUUACACCCCCCCAGGACUAAUGUUGUCAACUCAGAGGAUUCAUUUUGCAUGAUGGGAAAUUAGAAACAUGUCGAGCGCCUCACCUGCAAUUACUACAGAGCUGUGCCCCAGACUCAUGUACCAAAGAUUGAGCUGAUUCUUCCUGUCGUGUUGAUUUGUGGUUGAUCUAAUGCAGACAAAAUGAGCAAGCAGUGAUAGGUCAUAAGCAGAAAUGUGUGCAGGAUAAAAUAUGAGUCUCUGUGCUUUGCUUAGUUGGUUUGAGAAUAAUAAAACAAAGUGAAAAUAAGAGACAUUGUGCAGACUCUCUCCCUGCCAAUGCAAUUAUAGAGAAAGAUCAGAGCAUGGUGUGAAGUGUGCUAAGUCUCUUUACAUCCCUUUGUCUUCCUUUAUCCCUUUAGAGCCUGCAGUUUUAGUAAUUAUGACCAAACACUGUCAUGUUGUGGACUUGUAGAGGAAUCUAUCCUUAGACAGGCAACUGUUCAUCUGGCAGUCAGACAAAUCCUACACGAACAGGAAAAAAAGGCAGGACUUUUAAAAGGUUUCUCAGGAACUCAGUGCAUGAAAAUGCAAUUUAAUGGAGGCUUACAGUCACUUUGGGUGUUCAAGCUCUCAAGCAUUCAGUGUAGUGCCAUCAAAACAUUACACAUCUAAAAAGCUCUUUUGUUGUUCAAUAUUUUCUAAGGGAAAUAGCAGCUCAUUGGUCUGAGGGAGGAAAUGGGUUAGAUUGAAACAUGAAGCAGUUUUGAGCCUUGAAACGUUUCAUUGGAAAUUGUGAGUCAGUCACAGACAGUGUCUAUUUUGCCACACGUUACGUAGACAGACCUUGAAAAUUUCAAACUAACAACACUUCUUGUCGGAUGUGAGUUGGAAUAAUCAAACAAUCCUUUUUUUUUACAGGUACACUAAGAUGAAGACUGCCACCAACAUCUACAUCUUCAACUUGGCUCUCGCUGAUGCCCUUGCCACAAGCACCCUCCCCUUUCAGAGCGCCAAGUACCUGAUGAGCACAUGGCCAUUCGGGGAGCUGCUGUGUAAAGUGGUCAUGGCCAUUGACUACUACAACAUGUUCACCAGUAUCUUCACGCUCACUAUGAUGAGUGUUGAUCGCUACGUAGCGGUUUGUCAUCCCGUGAGGGCUCUUGACUUCCGCACACCUGCUAAAGCCAAGUUCAUCAACGUAUGCAUCUGGAUCCUCUCUUCUGCUGUUGGAGUCCCUGUGAUGAUCAUGGCUGUUACCAAGGUGACCGAGAAAGGUAAGGGGCUUUUAUUAUCAAGGGGGAAAAAAAGAGCUGAAAUCGCCCAUGUUUACUUUUUCCGCUAUUUUCCACUGAAGCUUGAAUGCCAGUCUCAAGUUUCCUGUAUAACCAGACAACAGUGGUAAUCUGAAGGGAAAUGGAGUCAUAUUUUAAUUCAAAGCCAACAUACUGGUACUGAGGGUUAAGGUUAACCUGUUUUGGGUUGAAUAAUAUUUCUAUUCAGGCUUAAACAAAGCCCAACGUCCCCAAGGGAUUUUGGUUUAGUUCUUUGUCUAUUGUCUGCUUCCUCAUUUAUCGAUAAAUGCCAAAUGAUCAAGAUUUCCAGGUACGCUACAUUUGAAGACUUACAGCCUUAAGAGAAAUAAUACAGCAUUAAAAUAUGAGUUCCCCACAUGCACAUGUUUUGAGAGGAGAAUGUCUACUGUGUGUAUAUAUAUAUCUAUAUAUAUAGUGAAUUAUCAUCAUUGUGUAAAAGCUUGUGUUUUUGUAAUGGAGUAAUCAUGGUGUUAAAGAGAAUUCAUUUGAGCUGGGUUAUUAACUUGAAUUAGCCUCACCACAUGGUCGUCCAUUAAACUUCUAAUUAUUUCAACUCCACAGGAAACACUGCCUGCACUCUGAGAUUCCCUGAACCUGGGUGGUACUGGGACAUAGUGAUGAAAAUCUGUGUCUUCAUCAUUGCCUUUGUGGUCCCAGUCCUUGUCAUCACCAUCUGCUAUGGUCUCAUGAUACUGCGGCUCAAGAGCGUUCGCCUCCUCUCGGGCUCCAAAGAAAAGGAUCGUAACCUGCGACGGAUCACUCGGAUGGUCCUUGUGGUCGUGGCUGCCUUUAUUAUCUGUUGGACUCCUAUCCACAUCUUUAUCAUCGUCAAGACCAUGGUGAAUAUUGACAAGAAGAACCUCUUGGUGGUGGCCAGCUGGCAUCUGUGUAUUGCCCUCGGUUACACAAACAGCAGUCUGAAUCCGGUGCUGUACGCCUUUCUGGAUGAGAACUUCAAGAGGUGCUUCAGGGAUUUCUGCCUCCCCUACCGCUCUCGACUGGAGCAGAACAGCUUCUCCAGAGCACGAAACAGCAUUAGGGAGCCUGUCUCUGUUUGUGCCCCUGCACCCACAGAGAGACCGCCGGCGUGA